AUGCAACCAUAUACAUUUACACCUCCAACUGGGCCCCCGCGGGAAGGCCAGAAGAACUAUGUUUUUGUCGAUGAGCACAAUAGACACAAGAGGCUCAAAGUGAUGCGCGCCUGUAAUGGCUGCCGAAAAAGGAAGAUCAAAUGUGACGCUGCCACGACCAACUCAUGGCCCUGCACAGCAUGCCAGCGACUGAAAUUAGUCUGUGUGCCUCCAACCAUAGGCCAGGAUGGCGACCAGACGACUCCGGUGCAAGGUGUUGAAGCAGAGCAGGCCGGAUUCCGAGACCAUUCGAAUCAACAGCAAAGUAUUCCGCACCAUGAAUUAAUGCAAUCUAACUACGUUAACGAAGAUCCUUUACUUGCAAAUAAUAUCUCACCAUACGGCACGUACUCAUCCUACAUCCCGCAGAAUCAUGGCAUGUACGCUUCGGCGCAAACUCCUGAGAUCGCUGUCACUCAACAUCCUUACCAAAAUCAGUAUUUUCAAAUGGGCGCACCCCAUGGGCUUCCUAGUGCAGAUAGUGGCGUUUUUGUUGAUCCGGAGCAGUCCACAGCUGAGAACCUUAGUGAAGCGCUUGGUGAAUUGAGAAUUGACGAGACAGGAAUCGCACCAUAUAUUCGACAACAGCGAAAAGGAUUGACAGAGCCUGCGGCUCCUGUACAAGACGACGACGAGAAUCUCCCUCCACUUAGCACUGGUGCUGGCUCCAUCAUACGAAUACCACCAGAACUGAUGCCUUCGAAUGAAGAGGUCAUGGAGUACUUCAAAAUCUUCUUUCAAGACAUUCACCCAUACGUACCUGUCAUACACCGUUCACAUUUGUAUCAACAAUGGCGUAAUGACCGGUCUUCGAUAUCUCCGUUAUUGUUAGAAGCACUGUUUGCGUGUGCAGGUAGAAUGUCGGAGGAGCCUGCUCAGGGUGCUCAGUGGCUUGCACUUGCUACUCGUCACGAAUCAAGUUUCAUGGACGUUCCGCGCCUGAGCACGAUACAAGCGAUGCUGUUGUUGCUAAAAGCACGAGAGUCAAAUCCUCGAAAAGGAUAUUACUACCGUUCCUGGCAGACAAUCAAGACUGCCAUUUCCAUGUCUAAAGAUCUUGAGCUCCAUGAACACUAUGCUACUCAUCGAGAAGGGAAAUCAUGCGGCCUUGACGCCGUGGAGUGUCUGAUCCAGACGAGAGUUUGGCAGACGUUGUUGGUAGUCGAGGUGAUGGUUGGAGGCCCGCAAGGUCGGUCGGAUUAUGAAGUAAACCCGGACACGGUAGAUAUGCGACCGCAACUCGACACUAUUGAUACGGAUCAGUUUGAAACCGAUCGUUCGCGGCAGUUUUCUUAUUUUGUGAAAAACGCCCACCACAUUCGUAUCUAUACGGAAUUAUACCACAAAAUAAAGCGGCAGAAAGACUGGGCCUCGGAUCCACGCUUCACAGAGAACAACCCGCUUUUCGACGAGUGGUAUCGAAGCCUACCGCAGGAUCUUCAGGUUACGUACCCUAAUGAUGGUUCUCCGCCGUGGCUGCCUUCGCACUUUGUCGGAAACAUGCACACUCACUAUCAUCUGGCUAUUAUAAUGGUUCAUCGCCCACAGUUACUGGCAUCUAAGUCCUUUACAGCUGAUGGUGGUUGGAAAAGGCAUAUGCAGCUAUGCUAUUCUUCGGCAAAAUGUCUUUGUCGACUGCAAGAAGCGAUUAUUUCUCGAUUCACACUCCAGGGACUCCGUUUCAUGCAACGUGGAAUCAAUUUUACUGUUUACGCAAUUUUGACAUGCACUAUGCUACAUCUAGUUGCAAUAACGUCUCCAGACCCUGAAUUUCAUACAGAUGCGCGUGAUUAUUUCACUCGACACAUGCGUAUCCUGGAAAAGUGUUCGACGACGUGGCCACUUCCUGAGAUUCAAGCUCAAAUCGACGCGCUGAGGCAGGCUUUCUCUGCUGACACCACAAAGCCAUUUGAACUCAGAGCAACUUUCCCAUACGGCAGUCCAUCCGAGCAAUACAACUCUAGUCCUCCGGCGUUCGAAUCACAAUACAACCAGUAUGGCCAACCGAGUCCCCAUCGGUUAGGGUUCACCUCCCAUUCUACUACACCACCUACAGGCGUCGACGAUUCUAAAUCCGAUACCUCUCAGCAGACCAGUAUGAGCAUGCUUCGCAAUCAGUUUGGAAAUCCCCAGCUCAGUGUCCCGCUUGUAGACGAGAAUAGUUGGGACCCUACUCCGGUUAUCACUUCGUGGAAUAUGGCAUUUCCUGUCGAUACAUCAACUUCUCCACAGAUGCCAUUCGCGGGUACAGGCCAAGCAAUGACUGCGGACGGUGUCCCAGUUCAGUACCCAAUGCAGUAUACUCCGCCUGCCGGUAAAGUCAUGUCCAUGGACGCUAUGCAAUCCAUGUCGCAAGCAACGUACGAGCCUCAGCCUGUCAUGACUGCCAGAGACUGGCAGCAGAGCGUUGCAAGUGUCUAUGAUCCGCACGGCCUGAAACGCAGAUGGAAUCAUUCCGUUGAUAUGACAGAUUACAAUGUCAAGCAAUCAAGAUAG